GCUAUAUAAACGGUAUAUUUUAUGAUGCAAACUCAAGUUGCGAAUGCGACUCACUUCCACGAUGAACUCCAUCAGCGUUUUCAUCUGCUUCCUGGCCAUCGGCGCCGCCAUUGCGCUGCCAUCUUCUCCACGUGCAGGAUGUGCUGUUGAUGUUCAGAGUGGUUUGGGUGAUCCCCAACCGUUGGUUCUGAAACCCGGCAGUGAAACUGGAUACGAAGCCUUCCAUCUGCCCACUGAGGACGAAAAAAUUAAUCUCGCUGACGGUGACGUUGUAGUCGUCGCAUGCGCUGGUGGUACCGUGAAAGUCUCUGGCAGUAAUACUGGUGCCGAAUCUGCUGAGGCCGUCUGCAGCUCUGGUAAAUUUGAGAUUGAAGGCAAAACUGUUUCCUUCUCGCAGAUCAGUUGCUCCAAACUGCCAUACCACACAGCUCGCUACACCAACGCCACCUGCAAUGGUGACCAUCAAGAAAUCGAAAUCGGUUUUGAUCUUACCGAUCGUUUCAUCCGCCUCAUCAAGAUUUGCUUUGAUGACAAGGCUCUGAUGACCGACUACGCUGAAUUCACCACCAGUAAAUCCAUUGCUGGUUACCAGAGUGGUUUCCCACGUCCCAACUUCAUUGAAGAUGAUUUCUAUCCUUUCUCCGUCAACAGUUACUACGUUCGUAACAAGCAACGUACCACAGUCAACAGUCAAGUGGGUCUUUCAUCCGGAAGCACCAAAUACGUCGCUACAUCCAGUGAUUGGUUCAUGUCCCGUGGACAUAUGGCCGCCAAGGCUGAUUUCAUCUAUGGGUCUCAAAUGCGUGCCACUUUCCACUAUGUUAACGUUGCUCCCCAAUGGCAAGUCUUCAAUGGUCGCAACUGGAAUACUUUGGAGAUGAAUGUUCGUGACUACGUGGCUAGUUCCGAUUCGUGGGACACCCGCUACACUGUUUACACUGGUACUCAUGGUAUUACCACUCUGCCACAUGAGGAAACCGGAGAAGAUGUACCAAUCUAUCUGUAUGUGAACGGUGACGAGAAACUCGUCCCUGUCCCACAGUAUUAUUGGCGUGUGCUGCGCAACGAAGAAACCGGCGAAGCUGUUGCUUUCGUAGGUAUCAACAACCCUUACCAUUACGAUGUUGAGGCUGAGACCAUCUGUGAGAGCGUCUGUGAUAAACUUACCUGGCUCAAGUGGAAGGGUGAGGAGAUCGACCAAGGAUACUCAUAUUGCUGUACCGUCGAAGAUCUCCGCAAAACUAUCACCAAUGUACCUGACUUUGAAGUCACAGGAAUGUUGGUGGGAAUUUAUUGUUCAAUCUCUAUUAGCACCGAUUUAAAGGAUCCUCAACCACUUUACCUGAAGUCCGAUAAAACCCUCACCGGAAAUAAUGCUUUUAUUCAGCCUAGAGACGAGCAGGGCGUCAUUAUCUUCAAACCAAACGAACAACUCACAAUAUCUUGCCCGGGUGGUACCAUCACCGACACCACUCAAACCAUUACCACGGCAACAUGCGUUCAAGGCAAAAAUUUCCUCAUUGAAGGAAAAUCAGUCCAAUUAGAAAAUAUCGCUUGCAGUAAACAACCUGCUCAAGUCCUUGGUAAAACUGGUUCAUCCUGCGGCAAUGUGGGCCAAGAAGUAGCAAUGGGUUUCAACUUAGAUAGUACCCGUUUCUACACUCAAAUCAAAGUAUGCUUCGAUCCGAUUGCUCGAGCAUCACUUUAUGCCGUGGCUGAAAUGACUUCGGCUAUUAGAGGCGCUCAAGCUAACUACCAGGGUAUAACAUUUUCCGAAGCUGGUUUCUACAAUCUCGGCAAUGUCAAAGUGAAUGAUUUAUACAAAAGAGACACUCAGAGAGCAACAAUCAACAAACAAUUAGGACUUGCAGCAAAUGACUUGAGGUACAUCCAAGCCGGUGGUGAGUAUUUCCUAGCACGUGGUCAGCUGGCAGCUAAAGCCGACUUCGUAUUUGGUUCCCAACAACGAUUGACCUUUAAUUUUAUCAACGCUGCUCCCCAAUGGCAGACACUUAACAACGGCAAUUGGAAGGAAUUAGAGAAGAGUAUUAGAAAAUUAGCCGCCUCGAAAGAUUUGCAGAUUUUCACCGGAACUUUAGGCACGCUAAGCUUACCACAUGCAAUCACUAAAGCAAUGACGCCAAUCUAUCUAUACAAAGAGUCAAACAACGCAAUUCCAGUACCUGCGUAUUUCUGGAAAGUCGUUUAUCAUAUUCCAAGCAAAUCCGGUGUCGCAUUUGUUGCCGUUAAUAAUCCUGAAGCCAAAUACGAACCUUUCUGCAAUGAUAUCUGCCAACAAAUUACCUGGUUUAAGUGGAAUCAGAAUGCAAAGUCAGGCUUUGGUUAUUGCUGCGAUGUUAACGAUUUUAGAACCAAAGCCCCCGGCAUCCUGCCCAAUUUCGAAGUUCAAUCCGUAUUGAUUAACUCUGAAAAAUAUGCAAAUUUAGAUUUUAUUCUUGCGUUUGCGCUAAAUAUUACAAUGACUGGGUACCAAUUAAUUUAUUUGAUUAUUUGUGCGGUUACAAGUUUUAAAAAGGUUGAUGCUGAUUGUAGAAUCUUUGUUAACGACGAUUUAAAGGAUCCUCAACCACUUUACCUGAAGCCGGAUAAUACCCUCACCGGAAAUAAUGCUUUUAUUCAGCCCAUAGAUAAUCUCGGUACCAUUGUCUUCAGACCAAACGAACAACUCACUAUAUCUUGCCCGGGUAGUAAAAUCAGCCUCCAGGGUGUGUCUACUUCUCAAACCAUUUCCACGGCAACAUGCGUUCAAGGCAAAGAUUUCUCCAUCCAAGGGAAAACCGUCAAAUUCGAGGAUAUCGUUUGCAGUAAACAACCUGUUCAAGUCCUUGGUUACACCGGCCACCUCUGCGGUGGCCAUAGUGGCAAUACUGGCAAAGAAGUAGUAAUGGGAUUCAACUUAGAUAGUACUCGUUUCUUCACUCAAAUCAAGGUGUGCUUCGAUCCGAUUGCUCGAGCAGCACAUUAUGCGAUUUCUGAAAUAACCGCGUCUAUUAGAGGCUCUCAAAGCAACUACCCACGUGUCCCCUUUGCCGAAGGUGGCUUUUACCGGCUUGAUGCCAAAGUGGAAGACUUAUACAAAAGAGAGACUCAGAGGGCAACAAUCAACAAAAAAUUGGGACUUAAUCCAAAUGACUACAAGUACAUCCAUGCCAGCGGUGAGUAUUACCUAGCACGUGGUCAUCUGGCAGCUAAAACCGAUUUCGUAUUUGGUUCCCAACAACGAUUGACAUUUAAUUUUAUCAACGCUGCUCCCCAAUGGCAGACACUAAACAAUGGCAAUUGGAAGCGCUUAGAGAAUAGUGUAAAAGAUUUAGCAAUCACGAAAGAUUUGCAGAUUUACACCGGAACUUUAGGUACGCUAAAAUUGCCGAAUGGAAAUACAGGAAUAGAUGAGCCCAUCUAUCUAUACGAAGAUUCGUUCAGCGCAAGUUCAGCAAUUCCAGUACCCGAGUACUUCUGGAAAGUCGUUUAUCACAUUCCAAGCAAGUCUGGUGUCGCAUUUGUUGCCGUUAAUAAUCCACUUGCCACAUACGCACCAUUCUGCACAGACAUCUGCCAUCAAAUUAGCUGGUUUACAUGGAAUCAGAAUGCAAAGUCAGGUUUUGGUUAUUGUUGUGAAGUUGACGACUUUAGAACCAGAGCCGCUGGUAUUCUUCCGCCUUUCCAAGUUUUGUCCAUCUUGAGAAAUUAAUUUAGAAGAUGCAUAUAACAACUAUUGUAUGCAUAUAUAUUGUAAUUCGUGACUCUAAUUAAAAAAAACACAAAUAGUUUGCACCUGA